AUGUCUAUGAAGGACUUGGCAUAUAUCUGCUAUUCUUCUCCUGGUUCUAAUGAAAAUUCCCCUCUAGGCUCCGCAGCCUGCGUCCACUGCCAUCGGCGCAAAGUCCGAUGCGAUGCCCGCAUCGUCGGCCUCCCAUGCUCCAAUUGCCGUUCCGCGGGAAAGACCGACUGUCGGAUUCACGAAAAGAAGAAGCGUCUGGCGGUGCGAUCAAUCCUCGACCCCGUUCCGAUCCGCUGUCGACCACCUCCUGCUUCUUCUGAGCCUACACACAGACACUCUCUGCCUCUCACGGCUACAACCCCACCUGACGCUUUCACCACCACCUUUCGCGGCGUCCAACCGGAAGUGACAACACCUGUCGCACAUCCCGCAUCAAGUCUUCAUAAUCUUCAUCAAACGCUUAAUCAUAAUGUUAAUCACCACCCUCCCCAUAAUGGCGCCGGGUCAGCUGCAGAAUCUCCGACAUAUAACCGUCCCGCGGGCCAGGAUGUCUCGGCCGAAUCGGACUCCCACGCGGAUUUGGAGAAACGACUAGUGAAGCUCAUCGAUGAGGAAGAAUCGGGCAGUCGGGAGAUUCGUCGGGGUGUGCGAGCUAUAUACGUGGGCCAUGAGCUGUCGAACAUGUCUUUCUUGAUCCGUCAGCAACGCGACAAGGAUGACGACGUCUAUCACUUUGCAGGCAAUGAGAUUCCGCGACGACAGUUAAGGACCGGCCAUGAUCAGCUCCUCAUGGAUGCUCUCACUUUGCCUGAACCGGCCCUAGCAGAUGAACUGGUGCAAGCUUACUUUGACCACGUCAACCCAGGGUAUCCUAUCAUUGACGAGGACUUGUUCAUGGCGCAGUAUCGCAACCGGGACCCUGCUGAUCCUCCCCCGAUAUUGCUGCUACAAGCGAUUCUGCUAGUGGGAGCCCAUGUCACUCGUCCCAAAGCGGAACGCGAUGCCCUCAAGGAUAUUUUCUUCCGUCGUGCCAAGUGGCUGUUUGAUUCACGUAUUGAGCGUAAUCGCGAUAUCCUGGUGCAAGCUGCUCUACUUUUGACUUGGCACUCGGAUGGUGCCGACGAUGAUGUCGCAGCGAAUGCGCACUACUGGGUGGGUGUAGCUGCCAGGAUUGCUACUGGCCUCGGAAUGCACCGAAAUCCUAUCUCUAGCCGGUUUGUCUCCCGUGAUCGCCGGAUGUGGAGGAGGCUAUGGCACAUUAUAGUGCAAUUCGACGUUAUGGUAUCACUUUCGUAUGGUCGACCGCAGGCAAUAAACCUAGAAGACUCCGACGUGUCUCCAUUGACAAUCUCUGACUUCGAGGGCUGCGGACCUCGUGUCCAAUCCGACUACGUGAUCCAUUUCACUGAGCUCUCAGUAAUGAUCUCGUACAUCGUUCGAAGCCGCUUCGGACUACGAGUGAGCGCAGAGCGUCGCAAAGCCGUCCUCCUAGAAGCCGACGAAGCCCUCGCCAAUUGGUCCCUGAAGCUGCCCGAUAAACUACGUCUCCGAGCGUCCGACAUGGACCCCUGGUCCGCCAUGCUCCAUCUCACCUACAACAACUUCCUGAUCCUCCUCCACCGCCCACACCCCCGAGCAUCCGCCUACUCAGAUGACUACGGCCCGCACGAUGCCGAAAUCUGCAGCGCAGCCGCAGGAGUCAUCACCUCCAUCUUCGAAGAACUCCGAUUAAACGACCGCCUCAAGUUCCUCUGGUACUCCGGCGUCCACACCCUCUUCACAGCCAUGAUCCAAGUCCGCGUCGAACUCCGCUUCUCCAACCCCGUCCUAGCAAUCAACGCCCUCCGCCGCUUCGACUCAGCCUCCUACUCCCUCCGCGAACUAGCAAGCUAUUGGUUCCACGCAAACACCAUCCUCCGCCUCUUCGAAGACUCCAGACGCCUCCAAGAAGACCUCCGAAUGGCCACCAGCGAACGACCACCCCGCCGCUUCAGCAACCCUCAAGACCAACUCAAAACAACCCUACACUCCACCACCACUUCCACCUCCGCACCCACAGCAAUGCAGACACCAAGACCCCCCAACCCAACCCCGACAGACCGCCCUCUUCCCUUCGAAGUCCCCACCCCAGACUCCUCCACGAACCACCUCCCAACAAGCCCUCACCACAGCCACCCUCAACCUCAAUCUCAGCCCCAACAACAUCACCAUCUAGACGCCUGGAUCCCCCCACCUCCGCCAUCCGCCACCAUGACCCCCGUCGUCGACGCCAUCGACGCCGACGCGCCCCGCGAAUCUCUCGACUGGCGCCAACUCUUCUCCUUCACGGAUCUGGACCAGCCCGUGCUGCCUAUGGCCAUGGAAGGGCUACCAGAGUUAGAGGAUGAAUGGCGUCAGAUCUACUGGCAAGAGACUCCGAUGUCAGAUCUUCUGUUAGAUGGGGGGUGGAUGCAUGGAUAA